AUGGCUCAUAUACAGUUAGUCGAUGAAUUAGUUCGUGAAUAUUUACUAUUCAGAGGAUUCACUUCUACUAUAAAGGCAUUUGAUAAUGAUUUAAAAUCUGAUAAAGAUAAAGGUUUCAGAGUUGAUAAAAUUAUUGAACAAAUUGUACAUUAUAUAAAUGUCUCGGACUUGAAUGGUCUUAAAGAAUACUGGUCCCAUUUAGAUAGCCUAAUUUUUUCUAAGUUGGAAAUUCAUGUGCAACCCGCUGUCCGCAAAAUAGAAUAUAGCCUGUACAAGUUGUACUUUGUAACAGCUUCACAAUCUACAAGCUCCACAAGAAAUGAAAAAGUGACGGAAUUCUUUUAUAAAUUAAUGCCAGAAUUGCAAGGACAAAAUGAAUGGAAAGAUUGGUUUAUGCUGCCCUACAUACAGAAACCCGAAGAGCAUCCCUCAUUUAAUCUUUACUUUACUAAAGCUUGGCAAGAUAGUGUUUUAGUCUCACUCCACAAUUUAUUAGCAACAGUUUUCCAAUGCAUGCCACAACCCACAUUAAUAAACUAUGAAAGUGAUGCUGCACUAAUUAAGCAACUACAAAAUGAAAUAGCCUCAUUAAAAAUCAAAUCACAGCAACCUACUGAAAAGACUUCACCCAUAGGUCAUCAAUCCAGGCUUGCCCAAUAUUCAGAACGUCUCAGUGGACCCUUGCCAUUAGUUGAUGAUUUUUCUGCCAUACCAUCUGAACAGCUCGACAGUGGUAAUAGAGAAGCUCGUGGUUUAAGAGGAUUGCUUAGGCAAAUGGGUGGAAGUCCUGUUAUGGGGAGAAAAAGUGGGAGAUCUCAAAGCCAAAAC